UCUGCAUCUGCCCUGUGAACCCCCCCAACCUCAACACCGCAAUCCAUGGCUCCCAAUGGCGUCACUGCAUCUUGGUUCGGAUCCUGUUGAUGAAAUCCAAGAUGAGAUCUUAGAGCUGGAGCGGCGGCUGCAAGAGGCCAAGCAGCGUCUGAAAACGGCGCAGCCACAGCAGCCACGCGCGAGCGGUCCCGGCCCUCACCUCGCCGGCUCAACGCACUUCUUGCUGCUGCUCUCGGACUCGGCGCUGCCUCUCGGCUCCUUCGCAUUCAGCAGCGGCCUCGAGUCGUACCUCGCGCACAACCGGCGCGCCGCCACCUUCGCCUCCUUCUUGUCGUCGUCGCUGUCGUCCUUCGCCGCCACCACGCUGCCGUUCGUGCUCGCUGCACACCGCGACCCCGCGGCCCUGGCGACGCUGGAUGACCAGCUUGAUGCCGCCAUCGUCUGCACCGUUGGCCGCCGCGCCAGUGUCGCACAGGGCCGCGCGCUGCUGAGCAUCUGGGAGCGCUCGUUCCGUGCGAGCCAGCCCGACGUUGACGAGCAGGUGCUGCGGGACUUUGCGGCGUUGUUGAGGGAGGAGAGCAAGCGUGACGUGCCUCUUGUGUCGGCUCAUCUCGGGCCGCUCUUUGGGGCCAUCUGCGCCAUCGUCGGGCUGGGCUUGCGGCAGACGGCGUAUGUUUUCAUGCUGAGCCAUGUCAAGGCCCUGAUCUCAGCGGCCGUCAGGGCGAGCGUGUUUGGACCGUACCAGGCGCAAAAGGUGCUGGCGGGACAGCACGUUCAGAGCAUGAUUGACGAGAUGAUUGACCGGGAAUGGACUACGCCGGUAGAAGAGGCUGGGCAGACGGUGCCGGUCAUGGACUUAUGGAUUGGACGGCACGAGACGCUAUACUCGAGGAUCUUCAACAGCUGACCGUGCUGUCCGUAUGGUAUCAUUAAUGUACAAUAAAU